GCUGGGGAUGGAAACAGGCACAGAGAGAUGUCGUUUGCCUCAUUUUGAAGCAAGUGAAGAGGGAGUGGAGGGCCAGUCGGCCUGACUGAAAGCAGAGUCGGGGGUGGGGGUCCUAACUUUUAGCGUCUCUUGACUGGUUCCCCAGGUGUGAGCUGAGGGGAGCCUCUGUACAGAUUGCUUCGUACUCAGUUAGGUCCCAAUCUUGGCAUACAGCAGGCACUCAAUAGAGAAGUGAGAGAGAGGGCUGGAGGGUGGUCCCACUGGACUCCCCGCCCUAUCGACCCCUACCCCGGCUCCCCGUGACUCAGUUUCCCCGCCGUGUCCGGGUUCAGCAACACCGGGCGGGGCUUCGAACGCAGAGGCCAGCGCCAUCUGUUUACCUUGCGGCUGGACGCUGGGCAGGGCCGCGGGUGGGCCGUCCCCGGAGCCGGCUGAGCCGCCGGGAUAAAUACGCCCCGCGGGCCUCGUGGGCAGCAGAGAGCGAGCUGCAGUCCAGCUCCCCGCCGCCGCCAUGGUUCCUGCCGCCGCCUGCGUUCUCUUGCUCACCCUGGCAGCCCUCCGUGCGUCGGGCCAGGGCCAGAUACAGAUAGGUGCAGAUCUGGGCCCGCAGAUGCUACGGGAACUUCAGGAAACCAACGCGGCUCUGCAGGAUGUGCGGGAGCUGUUGCGGCAGCAGGUCAAGGAGAUCACGUUUCUGAAAAACACAGUGAUGGAGUGUGACGCGUGCGGGAUGCAGCCCGCGCGCACCCCAGGUCUGAGCGUGCGGCCCCUCUCCCAGUGCGCGCCCGGCUUCUGCUACCCAGGCGUGGUUUGCACUCAGACGGCAAGCGGCGCGCGCUGUGGACCUUGCCCCGCGGGCUUCACUGGCAAUGGCUCGCACUGUGUCGACGUCAACGAGUGCAACGCCCAUCCCUGCUUCCCGCGCGUCCGCUGCAUCAACACUAGCCCCGGCUUCCGCUGCGAGGCUUGCCCGCCCGGGUUCAGCGGCCCCGCCCACGAGGGCGUGGGGCUGGCCUUCGCCAAAGCCAACAAGCAGGUUUGCACGGACAUUAACGAGUGUGAGACCGGACAGCAUAACUGCGUCCCCAACUCCGUGUGCGUCAAUACCCGGGGCUCCUUCCAGUGCGGCCCUUGCCAGCCCGGCUUCGUGGGCGACCAGGCAUCCGGCUGCCAUCGGCGCUCACAGCGCUUCUGCCCCGACGGCACGCCCAGCCCGUGCCACGAGAAGGCCGACUGCAUCCUGGAACGCGAUGGCUCGAGGUCGUGCGUGUGCGCCGUUGGCUGGGCCGGCAACGGCCUCGUCUGCGGCCGAGACACGGAUUUGGACGGCUUCCCCGACGAGAAGCUGCGCUGCCCGGAACGCCAGUGCCGCAAGGACAACUGCGUGACGGUGCCCAACUCAGGGCAAGAGGACGUGGAUCGCGACGGCAUCGGAGACGCCUGCGACCCGGAUGCCGACGGGGACGGGGUCCUCAACGAGCAGGACAACUGUAAACUGGUGCGGAACCCAGACCAGCGCAAUGCGGACGGCGAUAAGUGGGGUGAUGCGUGCGACAACUGCCGGUCCCAGAAGAACGAUGACCAAAAGGACACAGAUCAGGACGGCAAAGGCGACGCCUGCGACGACGACAUCGACGGCGACCGGAUCCGAAAUACGGUGGACAACUGCCCAAGGGUGCCGAACUCAGACCAGAAGGACAGCGACGGUGAUGGUGUAGGGGAUGCCUGUGACAACUGCCCCCAGAAGAGCAACGCAGACCAGAGUGAUGUGGACCACGACUUUGUGGGAGACGCUUGCGACAGCGACCAAGACCAGGAUGGGGAUGGGCACCAGGACUCACGGGACAAUUGCCCUACAGUACCAAAUAGUGCCCAGCAGGAUUCAGAUCACGAUGGCCAGGGUGACGCCUGCGACGAGGAUGAUGACAACGACGGGGUCCCUGACAGUCGGGACAACUGCCGCCUGGUGCCCAACCCAAAUCAGGAAGAUGUAGACCGGGACGGAGUGGGCGACGUGUGCCAGGGCGACUUCGACGCGGACAAAGUGGUGGACAAGAUCGAUGUGUGUCCGGAGAACGCCGAGGUCACCCUCACUGACUUCCGGGCCUUCCAGACGGUCGUGCUGGACCCCGAAGGCGACGCUCAGAUAGAUCCCAACUGGGUGGUGCUCAACCAGGGUAUGGAGAUCGUGCAGACGAUGAACAGCGACCCUGGCCUGGCUGUGGGUUACACGGCCUUCAAUGGCGUGGACUUUGAAGGCACGUUCCACGUGAACACGGUCACGGAUGACGACUACGCAGGCUUCAUCUUUGGCUACCAGGACAGCUCCAGCUUUUAUGUGGUUAUGUGGAAGCAGAUGGAACAGACGUACUGGCAGGCGAAUCCUUUCCGUGCAGUGGCUGAACCCGGCAUUCAGCUCAAGGCUGUGAAGUCCUCCACAGGCCCCGGGGAGCAGCUGCGGAAUGCACUCUGGCACACGGGGGACACAGCGUCGCAGGUGCGGCUGCUGUGGAAGGACCCCCGCAACGUGGGUUGGAAGGACAAGACGUCCUACCGCUGGUUCCUGCAACACCGGCCUCAAGUGGGCUACAUCAGAGUGCGGUUCUACGAGGGCCCUGAGCUGGUGGCUGACAGCAACGUGGUCCUGGACACGACCAUGAGGGGUGGCCGCCUGGGGGUCUUUUGCUUCUCCCAAGAGAACAUCAUCUGGGCCAAUCUGCGUUACCGCUGCAAUGACACCAUCCCUGAGGACUACGAGACUCAGAGGCUGCUGCAGGCCUAGGGACGGGCGUGGGGAUCCACUGCUGGAAGGAGGUCACCCCCAGGGCUGCCCUCAGCACGCCAAGCAGGGAGCUCAGUGCCCGGCUCCGAGGGGUGGCUGGACUGGGGGAGGGAAGGCUGAGGGGCUCAGAGAGGACAAAAUAAAGUGUGUGCGGUGGA